AAAGUGUGUUCCAACAAAGGCUGCCAUUUGCUCGGCGAGAGAAGGAUUGGUCGAAGUGGUGGCGGCUGAGGCAGUGGCUCUCGGUUGGCGGCGUGGACGAGGCUGUCGAAACGGAGUCUCGUCGGUGCCAGAGUGGAAAGAGGAUUCAUCAAUCUCCCAAUGCUUUGUCCCCUUUAUCUUUGGCCCAACAUCGGUUUUGAUGUUAUAUUCUUCAAGAAUUGCCAUGACAAUGAGGGCGUAGGGGAGUGGCCGAUUGUCGGAGGUGGCCGUGAACAUGUGAGUCAUCACAAAUUUACACCAAUUGAGAUUGUCGUUGUGAAUCAUCGCAUGAAUUGUCUUCGUGUCCUUCUGGGAGAGAGUGGUGUGAUUGAACUUCCUAGGUUUGAGAAUCCGUGUCAAAACAUAAAAGAUGAAUCGAAACACGGGACUCAUGGAAGCAAUCGUAGGGCGCUGCUGUUGGGGAGUGGAUACGAAGUGUCGGAUGCCCACUUCCUCCAAGAGAGCGGUCUCGUUGAACCGUGCUCCUUCUUCUCCAACGUAGAGCCUGAGAUCCUGUCCAUCCCGACGAAGCCUGGUGAGGAUUUGAAUGUUCUCCUCAUUCAAAUAGAUGUCCACCCCGUUGACGUUAGAGAUCAAAGCUCCGUCCUCAUCCUUUUUCAAGUUCGAGUAGAAGGCUCGAACAAGAAAGGGUUGAUAAUUGACCUUCUUGAUGUAAAGGAGAUCGAGGAAGUUUCCACGUUCGAGGAUAAUCUGUGCCUCACGUGGAAUGGAAUCAUGAAUGAAGCGGGCAGUGGAGAAUCGGGGAGGGAGAAUUUCCCGAUGCUCAAACUUUUCGGAGAACCGCGUCGCCUCUUCGCGGUCGUUGAACCAAAGGAACGACCCGUCGAGAAUAUCGGCUAUGGAUUGCAAAGAGGCCUUGGCGGGAGUGGGGGCUGGUGCACGACUUGGGCCUGCGCCGUCCCGGUCUCCGGACUUCUUCCGGAAGGUGCUGUCUUGAAUUAUCCAAAUCUUUGUCAUCUUCGUAUCCGGGCCGGUGAUGGAGAUGUCGGCGGAGAUGAUGAGGUCCAUGACGAGGAAGGCGUAUGGCAAGCUCCGCUCAGUGGCGAUGGAGGCGCAAUCCGCCAUGUGGAUCAUAACGAAUUUCGCCCAAGUGAUGGAGGCGCCGUGGAUGAUGGCAUGAAUCGCCUUCAAGUCCUCGUUGAAGAGCGAGGUAUGGCUGCUGUCCCGGGGGCGGAGAAUCCGGGUGAUGAUGUAGAGGACAAGGCGCUUAUCCGGUGGGGCCGAGUGAAUCGUUGGUGUGCCGCUGUGGCGGAUGAGGUUGGUGAUCCCAAGCUCUCGGAUGAUCACCGCCUCGUUGUUGAGGAUCCAAUCAUCGCCGCCAUAUGUUGCGAUGUCGUCAGCGCGGAUGGGCAGCCCUGCGACCCGAGCAAAGGUAGGCAAAUCAAUCUCUAUGUCGUAGAGAUUGAUGCUGCUGCGAAUGGUGUCCCCCUCACGGCGGAGAUUGGAGUAGAAAGCCCGGACGAAGGCGGGAUUGAAGCUCGAGCGGCUCUUGGAGACGAAUGGCCACAAACCCGACGCUUGGAGUUGGUUGUCGAGGUCGUGGUACCCUUUGUCUUAGGGAAACAACUCCGGGAGCACGCGAGGUGGAGAGAUCGGUCCAAAUAUGGGAACGGAGGAGGCGCGGAGCUUGAGGGUUCGGUGGUGCUUUUCUUCUUGGAAGGCUUAGUCUUUGAUCUUCCUCCGGCCAUGAUUGAGGCGUUUUUGAAGAAAGAUUGAAGAAAUAAGUGAUAUAGGCUAAAGAAAUGAAAUAAUGAUGUUAAU